AUGCACUCAUCUGUAAGGGGAAGAACAGAAAGAACAAGGAUCGAGCUCAUGAGGAUACUCAUUCUCUUAUCGCUACUCAUCACUCUUACCACUGCUCUCAAGAUCAACAAUAAACAAGCGUUAGCGCAGCUGAUUGCCUCUCAGAUAAGGACCCGUAUUCAGUCUGAUCUUGUUUUUAAGAUAUCAGCAUCUAUCACCCAAACAAUGAAGACCCAUGUGUCUGUCCAACUCGAGAUAUCCCAAGGUAUGGCUCAGAUCCAACAACGUCACAUCGAGACAGCAGCAGCAACUUCACAAAGAAAGCAAGAAGAAGAGAUCACAAUACCCGCUGGACGUUAUAAGUGUAAGGCAAAGAAAAACAAUGGUACAGGAUAG